AUGGUCGAAGAUGCCGCCAACUCAUCGCAUCCAUCUAGUCCGUAUACAGGAGACAUCAGCUUGGAAACUACUGGGGCAGACCAUGACACACAGGUCUCUGAGACCCCGCUUGCUAUCUCACGAUUAGCAGACACGCAGGCUGCCGAGCCGGGCCCUACACAACCUACUGUAUCUCCUUCAUAUACGCUACAUGGAUCUAUAUCUUCACAUUUCUCGCCCAUUGAGGGGCCUUCUCCACGAGAAUCACAUCACAGUGUUCGUGUCCAAGCAAUUCUCCUUCGAUACUACACGGAGGAAAUCGCACAUCGAUUCGACCUCUGCGACCCGGAAUAUCAUUUCACCAAUGCGGUCCCUCAACGGGCUCGAUCUUGUCGUCCCUUACUGAACGCAAUAUUGACGACGUCGGCUCGCCAUUUGUGCGGACUGGCUCGAUACCGCAAGCAAGAUGGAACCAUCGAAUGGCAAGGCCAUAUACUUCCGGAGCUGUCGCAGGAGUCCCCAGUCCACUAUCAUAAUGAAUGCAUCCGAGAUCUACUCGAGCUCAGUCUGGACCCUGAACAGGUGCACAAUGAAAAUCUCCUCGCAGCAGCGGUCAUUCUUCGCACAGAUGAAGAAAUGAAUGGGCCGCUCAGCUAUGGCGAUGAGGACUCUGAAGUCUUUCUUCGCAUGCUGAAUAUUUUCAUCGACGCUCAGAUUCCAUCAACUCAGGUGCCGACACACCACUCGCCGCUUGCUCGUGCUUUCCAUUCAGACUUCCAUUCGCCAGCAAUGUCGCAAUCAACGUCUCCAGAAUACCCGGCAGUCUCGUCUACUCCUGGUCACACAAUUUUUCAAGCAGGGGACGACACUAUCAGCCUGCGCCGAGCAGUAUUUGCGGUUGCUCUACGCCAGGAACUCUUUACAUCAUUCAUGAAGCAACGUUCUCUGCAUUUUCAGCUCUCACACUACGAAAGCUUUCGGGAUUUAUUACCGGCGCAAGAUGCUGUUUGGGCACACCGUGCCGUAGUCUUUUGCGCCGACGUCUUUGAGUAUUGCUACGGGAGCAGGAGCGCAUCCGAGAUCUAUCACUUCCACCACAGCGGUAUCCAGCGCUGGCAGCAGCUACAGCGGUACGAACGAAAAUUCAGUAGUUCACUACCUCCUUCAUUUGAGCCAAUUCACUGUCGCCUCGCGGACCCUAGUUGUGGGGAAGUGUUUCCCGAGAUCUGGCAUCUCAAUACAUACCAUCGCACUGGAACGGCACAUCUGGAGCUUGCACGGAUUCUCCUUGCGGUCUUUGACCCUACUCGACCUCGUUUAGGCCCAGGGUCAAUGACCAGUCAUCGGGAAUUAGGGAGGCGGUUGAGGGAAAUCGUGCUCCGGCUUUGUGGGAUAGCAAUGUGCAACCGCAAAUCACCCCCAGCAUUUAUCGAGGCACUAAUGGGGAUUUCAACGUGUGGUGAAUACUUCGAACUUCCCCGGGAACAAGAGGCACUUCUGGAAGUGCUUAGGAUCAUACAAGAAGAGCAGGCUUAUUCGACACUCAAGGUGAGAAAUGCUUUGGAAAGAGCCUGGUCGGCUUCUUCCACCUGA